AUGCCUAUCAAACGCUCUCAGACCCCGGCUCCCUCCCAUGCCGCGAGGUGCCUGCGGGCGGGCGCUUCCGCCGCCGCUGCUGCUACUGUUUUCGGUCCUGGUUCUCCGGCUUCUUCUUCUGAUGACCCCCUCGUUGCCUUGAAUGCCCGCGGCCGCCUGCAUGCGGUUGAGUCGUCCGGCUCCUUUUCUUGCCAACGUUGUUUCAAAGACGCCAUGAGAAAUGACGAAGUCUGCGCGUGGGUCCGACACGCUUCCUAUAGGAAGUGUAAACGCUGCCAGCGCCUGGGCAAGCCAUGUGAGAAGAUCCCGCUGCAGUGUUGCCGUCGGGCCGCCGUCUGGAACGACCCAGCAACCAACCCCAUCAUCUAUGGCUACAUCAACCUCCGCGCAAAUAACUAUGCCCAUGAGGAGAAGAUUAAAGGCGUCAUCAAAAACACCGUUGUGGAGUGGUCCCAGGAUUAUAAUGUGCUCCCUGUGUUGCUGGCCCCGGCCGCACCACGCGCCGGCGUUCUGGGUGUGAAAGAGAAUCAGGUCCCAGAGCUGACUGUCCUGUGGUUUGUCGUUCAGCUUAUGAGGGCCAAGGGCUCCCUCUUCCCGCAGCUCAUUGACUGCCCUGGAGUGGGAGGGUUCAGAUGGAUGACGAGCAAGGGCAACUCUGUGGAUAGGGCGGAAGGGUGUGCUCAUGUAUCACCAGGUGGCCUAAUGGUUUAUCCCUCGCCAUGUAGUUCUUGA